AUGGAAUUGAACAAAGUAAAGGAAGCAAAUAGGAUGAGUAGUAGUAGUGAAAUAAUAAAACAAGCAAAUAAACUACGUACAGAUCUUGAACAAUGUCAAAGUCGUAAUGAAUUAGUUCGACUUAGAUAUGAAUUAAAUCAACUUCAAUUAUCAAUUAAUAUUCAAUCAUAUCCCAAAUAUGAACAGAAACAAAUUAAUCAAAUCAUUGAUGAAUUAUUUAAAUUAAUUCAAAUUAAAUUUAAUCAAUUAAGUUUGAGUAAGUUUGAAUUCAUCGGCCAACCUAUACCACUUCAUCAGAAAAUACCUACCAUACAGGAGAAGCCGAGAGAUGAAGAAGAAACCAGCGGUGCUUCUGUUAUUCAUACAAUAAAAGACGAAAUAUAUGAUAUCCCAUCCCAAGAACAACAACAACAUAUCUUAUUAUCGUCAAUAACAAACAGUAUAAUAAGAACAAAUACAAGCAAUCCACCUGGUAGUAUUCAUUUAAAACAAGCCAAACAAUCGAUAUGCCUACUUGAAAGUAAAGGACCAAUCUUUAUUCAUGAUAUAAGAGAUAGUAUUAUAAUAAUUAAAUAUUGUCAUCAAGCUAGAUUACAUAAUAUUAACGAUUCUAUUAUAGUCAUUGAAUCUGUUUAUAAUAAUAGAAUCAUAAUUGAAGAUUGUUUUAACAUUUGGUUUAAUAAAGUUAAACAAGUAGAAAUUGAUGAUUUUAAUUUUCCAACUAAGGAUUUACAAAAUCCAAAUUAUUCAUAUUUAAUGGAAACAAAAUAUAAUGAAUUAAUGAUGGCUGUCAAUGUUAACAAUGUUAAUGAGAUAUCAACCGUUAUUGACACUUAUCUUAACAAGUAA